AUUACGAAAUACUCAUUAAAAGGUCAUUAAAAGUCAACUUUGAGAAGUGACUCAGAUCUGGAUGAUUGCUCACGUUUUACUUGGAACUUGUCUCGUGUUUGUCAAGUAUUGAUUUUUGUGAACCGAGACGAUUCUCCAAUUUCAACGUGUUUUAUGGACUCGCUUUAAUUGAGAUGGCUGGGGCGUUGGAAGAAGUUCGUGCCGAGGAUUUUCUUGAAUAUUUCUUAUUCCCAACGGAAAACGAUUUGAACACAGCUCUCGACGAGGUCAAUUCCAAAGUUAAAAAUUUCACAGCAGAUUACAUUUGGCACAAGGAUCCGUUUCAUUUGAAGAGAGCUGAAUCAGACACUAGCGAUUUGAGCACUCCACAUUUGCACGGCAUAACUCAUUAUGGCGACAACAUUGAAGACGAGUGGUUUAUUGUGGCCCUUCUUCAACACCUUACAUCAGAAAUUUCAGGGCUGGUUGUUAGAGUGGAAGACAGUGACGGAGAAUUUUUGUUGAUCGAAGCUGCAGACCACUUGCCUAAAUGGGCCACACCCGAAAACUGCAGCAAGAGAGUCUAUAUUUUUGGAGGCUGCAUUCAUAUUGUAGCAGAAAACGACAAUAAUUCACAGAGCCUCAGUAUUGAGAAGUGUGUGGAGGUUGUGCGAAACCAGAGGCAAAUCACAGUGGCCUCUGAGGGCAUUCAAAAUGCCAUAAAUUCCAGGACAAAAGGGUACCCAGAAAAGGCAAAGCAGACAAUUCACUAUACCAACGUAUACGUUCCUGCGACAGUCGCAGCUCUACUAGAGGUCAAACCUCAACUUGUCGCACCUGCAACCGUUGCCUUUUGUGAUCGAGACAUGAUUGAUACUAAAGCUUGCAGAGCCAUGCGAUUUUUCCCACCAGAAACCAGGGUCCUUACCAGAGUGGCUUUCACUCGGUGCCUUUAUGCAGCUCUCGUCCGGCAGCGUUUCACUCCCGACAGGAGAACUGGCUGGUCACUGCCUUCCUUCAACUCUCCAGAGUUUGCCUCGCACGAACUAGGUGCCAAACUGGCGUCCGGUUUUGAAAUUUUGGUGGCGCGAGCUAAACCCAGGCAGGGAGAAGAUAGUCGCGCUUGGCAGCUUUAUGUUGAAAAACUGAGGAGUCGGGGAUAUUUCCAAGGGCUGCUUGAAGGAUCUAAAGACCACUCAGUGAAGCUCCAGGAAGCUAAAAAGUACUUUACUGAAUUUGGAGCCGAAACUGGAGAGGCGGUUGGUGAAUCUAUUUUGGCUCUUCUGUCAAAUAUGGAUGUAGAUGUUGACAAGCUGAAAGCAAAGGAAAAGUUGUUACCAGAGCCAGACAGUGAUUCAUGGCUUGAGAUUACGUCCGAAGAGCUCGACGAGAUGUUGAAAAACAGAUACGGCACGGAGAGGAGUAGUUUUCCUGCAGGCUCGCAUCCGUCACAGAUUCCUGGCCAGCUGAGCAAAUUUUUGGAGCACAUGAGUGGUCUUGACGGAGUUGAAUUCCCAGGCAAUGGAUCCAGCAGUCCACCGGUCCGUCCACAGAGAGGCGUCAAAAAAGGGAAAAAGUCUAAUGCUAUGGACACCAGUGAUGACGAACAUACCAGCAGUCCGGCUCGAGGCCCAAAGAUCGAUUUCAAUCCUGACGCUUUUGCUUGUGCAGUGCAAAAUAUCCUUGAUUUUGCAUUGCCUGACGACAAUUGGGACUUGGAGUCGAAUUCGGAUAUGAGUUCUUUGGGUGAAGAGGAUGAAGGUGAGGUUGAUGAAUCCAAGAGAGGAAAGGUGGACGAGAAAAUUAAAAAGUACAUGGAACAAAUGGAUGCUGAACUGGCAAAGACCACCAUUGGAGAAAGCUUUGAGAAAAAGAAACCAGAGGCCCCGGAGGAUAGUUUUGAUGACAUUGAGGACUUCAAGCCUGUCGAUAUUGAUUUGAACGCGCUAAAAAAUGUACUUGCUUCGUACCAGUCAGAAAUGGGAGUUGGUCCAGGACCUGCCUCGUCGCUCCUCGGACCUAUGGGAGUCCACUUGGAAACCAUGCCUACCGAUGCCUCCAGGACAAAUAAUCAGUAGUCCGUUUAUAUUUUAUAUGCAUAUCACAAGUUACUCGCAAAAUAAUCUUGCAUUUCACCAUUUUUAUAUUUUCUCUAGUGCCAUUUAUGCACAAUAAUGUCUGUAAAAGACUUAAAGAUCUCGUUUGAAAUACGGACUCAAAAAUUGUCUGUCAAAUAAUAUUUUUUACCCUGGAUUCACUCUCUGUCAGAUUUUGGUCGCUCAGAUUUUGAUGUCGACACACUCAAUGUAUUAUUUUACUGAAUGUUUUUUUAUAUUGAAUGGCAAUAAAAUUGAUGGAAACACACAAACUGUAGGACACAUUCAAAAUGUUUGUAGUAGCAUUUAAUUAAACAAAGGUGAGAAAAUUUAA